AUGAGUGGUUUUGUAGGUGUGUUGGAUUUGUGUUCUUUGAAGUCCACAGCGCUGUCACGAAGCAACAAAGAGAUCCCCCCCGUUCAUUCAGCUAUUCUCAUUUAUCCUUCUGUCUCAUUUUUCUGCUUUUUUCUUCAUGGUCCAGUCGGCACGUGCACACUGCUCUUCAACCUGGUCUCCUCCCUAGCCAUGUUCUGUGUGGACCCCUCGGGGGGAGUUGGCCUGGGACUAGCCAUCCUUUGGGCCCUCCUAUUCACCCCAUGCUCCUUCGUCUGUUGGUACAGACCCAUGUACAAAGCAUUCAGGAGUGACAGCUCCUUCAAUUUCUUCGUCUUCUUCUUUAUUUUCUUCGCCCAAGUGGUCACCAACGUCAUCAUGACUAUUGGUAUCCCUGGAUGGGGUUUCAGCGGAUGGAUCGUGAGCCUGGCUGCUCUAAAGACCAGUGUCCCCGUUGGUGCGAUCAUGAUGCUCAAUGCCGUCUGCUUCACUGCCCAAACCGCCAUGGGGGUCGUCAUGCUGCAGAAGAUCCACAGUCAGUACAGGCAGACCGAUGCCAGCUUCCAGAAGGCCCAAGCCGAGUUCGCCACCGGAGUCAUGUCCAAUCAGGCGGUACGCCAGGCCGCCACCACAGCUGCAACCAGCGCUGCCCAGGGGGCCUUCAACGCACCUCGAUAGAGAGGCACGAGAGGGGCUGGGAGGGUGAGAAGGAGAGCCCUCUCAGCUCGAUACAGAUCUCUUUGGUAUUUAUUUCCCCACAGGUUAUUAGAAUUGGUCUGUAUAAUUACCCCUGAGCAUCUGGACUUCAGGGCUCAUGCAUGAGACAGGUGGGGUUCUCUAAGUUCAAAGGGUGUACAGGACAAGUUAGCUACAUUGCCAAACUAGGAGUCAACAAAUGUGUUGUGUUGAUUGUUGGAACGGAAAGAUGAUACGAAAUGUGAAAAAAAAUAAAGGCUGAAGCUCUAUGAAACGUUAAUGCAGGGAACAUGCUUUUUUAUGGAAGGACCAGCUGUGUGCCAUGUAGGACAGUGUAAGCCUGGAUAGUUGCCAUUUUAAAUGAACUGGAUGUACAUUGUGUUUACAAGGAGCCAUGUUUGGGUUGGAGCUGACCCCUGAUAUAAUGCCAUUCUAACAACUAAUUUCCCUGUUGCUUAUGUGUAAAUUAACAUGUUUUGUUAUUAUUCCAAAUAAGAAUGCCUAUUUACCUGUUUGCCAAAUCCUGUCAUACUGGAAAGAUUAUGAACUUGUGUUGUUUUGGUUUAAAAAAUAUCUGUCACUGUUCUGUUGGUGCUGCUUGUGGUUUUACGAUUAUUAUUACAUGUUACUGUCUUGGUUUUAAUAAAAAUAUAUUGUCAUGCUUACUCAUAACAUA